AUGGAGGAGACGGCGCGAUUGGAUGAUAACUGGAGACUGUGGCGAACACAGUAUGGAGAUUUUCGUACACUGGCAGCAAUGAACAGCAAAUCCAGUCCCGCACAAUUGGCUUUGUUCCGUCACACGAUUGGUCCGGCUGCUGUGCGUGUCAUAAAUGGAUUCACUUACUGUCCGGAUGAAGACCGUGGAGAUUGGCAGGUGGUGAAGACGAAGGUCGAACAGUACUGUCUUGGCGAAUCCAACGAGACUUACGAACGAUACAUUUUCAACCAGAGGAGACAGCAGCAUGGUGAGUCCCUCGACGCAUUCGUCCUGUCGCUAACAUCACUGUUGUAG